UCUGCCACCCAUUAACUCGCUAAAUUUGAAAACUUUUGUCACUCCUAAAGUCUGUCCCCGACCUGAUAGAGGUUACAUUGCAUUUACAAUCCGAAUAAAGGUUUCGGUAUCUGUUUUUCGUUUUGGGUGUUACAGCAAAAGUAGAAUGUAAAGCAAAAUGUAAUGUAAAAAAAUACUGAAGUCCAUUAUAUUACUCAUAUUUGUACAAAAAAGACUUGCGGAUGAUCAUUCAAUACCUGAACUUUCCAGAAUAUCGCAUAUACUAGGCAAUACUUAUUUUUAAUAGAAAAUAUACGUUUGAUGAAUUAGAUCAGAACAGGCAAUGUAAGAUUAAAUAUAUGCCCAGAGAGCAAGAAAAGAACCGCAAAAUUAUUGUUGACAAACCGUUCGUCUUGCGAUAUAUUAAGUGGUAACUUGUUUACUUUGGCGUUACAAAUUAUGUGGAAGUACGAUUUUCGCGCCAGCGCUACUUUUUUAAAAUGUGCGAUGUGUACGGAAUAUGUUUGUGCAUGAUCAUUUCUGAUGUAUAUCGUCAACAAAUUCAUAGAGCAUUUUUUGCUUCCAUUUUGUUUAGUUAUAAUCUGUGUCAUUUUUUAUAAUGGAGAGUACUUGAAAUCAACAUCUAAUGAAUGCCCUUCGUAUCCGAAAUAUGAGAAUUUAAAUGAAGUAGAUAUUAGCACUUUUUCUUCUUCGGUAUUUUGUCGCGGAAGCAAUCAUACCGACAGAUUGUGUCAUUUCCGAAACCUAUGUUAUGAACCAAAAUCUGAAACAUUUUUAGUAUUUCACCAAAGAAAUUCUAUUAUUAGUGGUGUACCACAUGACAGAUUUGAUCCAGCUUUAGCUGAUUUUUCAUCUGUAGCAGAUCAUAAUACACAGUAUUUCAACUAUGUUGAUAUGCCUGCUUCUGCAGCUCAGAAUUUUAAUAUUUCCUAUAUAAAAGGUCAUUCAUUGAUGUUCAAAAGGUUUAAUCCUGAAAAUUUAAUGCAUGUAUUUCAUGAUGACUUAUUACCUGCGUUUUUAACUCUUAAAGAAUUAUGUCAGUUUGGUGUUGGUAUGUCUUGCAAAGAUGUAUUUUUUACAUUUGCUGAUGGAAGAGCUUCUGGUCCUUAUGCAGAUUUAUAUAAUAAAUUCUUAAGUAAUGGACCAUUAUACCUUAAGUCUUUAUCUUCUAAAAAUUUACACUGCAUUCAAAAUGUUUAUAUUGGUUUAAACAAGCUUACAGUAUGGUAUCACUAUGGAUUUAAAGAACCACAAGGUCCUUUAAAGAAACCUUUCACUGGUAUAUAUUCAGUUAUAUUAGAAUUUCGUAAUUAUUUUAUUGAGCAGUUUAAUUUAAACCCAAAAGAUGAAAAGCCGCUUGCUGUUCUUUUAACAAGAAAGCACAACCGAAAGAUUCUUAAUGAGAAUGAAGUAAUGAAAACUCUUCAAAUGUAUUCAAAUCUCGAAACGUGCAUAAUGAAUCUAGAAAACCAUUCAGUGUUAGAAGUGAUCAAAAUAGUGUUACAAAGCAAAAUUAUAGUGGGAAUGCAUGGUUCGUUAUUAGUAGUUUCAUUAUUUUUAGAACCAAAUUCAGUAAUUAUUGAACUUUUCCCAUUUGGUGUGAACCCAGAUAUUAGCACUCCGUAUAAAACUUUCGCCAAUAUACCUGGUUUGAAAUUAAUAUAUUGGUCUUGGGAAAACAAAAUAAGAAAUAAUUCUGUUCCUCACCCAGAAUAUUCUGUUGAAUAUGGAGGAAUUCAGCAUUUGCCUGAAGAAGAACAGGCUAGUAUUGAAAACUCGGUAGUAGUACCUUUCUUAUGCUGUUAUGAUCCUGUCUGGUUGUAUCGAAUAUAUCAGGAUACUAUAGUGGAUAUCAAUUCUUUUACCAUUAUUCUCAGUAAUGCUAUAAAAGAACUCAAAAUGCAGAUUUCUUCUAAUGAUGAACUUGUAACUGAAACAAAACUUUAUCCUAGUGAAGUUCAAAAUGUGUCAUGCACUACGAUUUCUAAAAAUAGUACAUUAAAUAUUUCAUGGGAUGUACCAUGGAAUUUACAGUUUAUGAAUUUUAGUUCAAUUGAAUAUGAGAUCUGGCUUCAGGCUGUUGAAAGUAAUGAGAUACAAGCUUUUCUAAUGCAUAAACAAAUCUUCAGAUUUUCAAUGAAUUCAUCUAGUAAUUUAUAUUAUGUCUGGAUAAGAUGUCAUGUAGAUGGUAGAAUUGGACCUUUUAAUUCAAAUCCAUUUAUUUGCCAUCAGUAAAUAUCUUGGUACUUUUUGUUAAUGGGAUUCCAAUAGUAAUUUUGCACCAAAUGUUGUAACCUAUUUAUUUCAUCUCGUGAGUAGCUCUGCAAUAACAUAUUGUGAAUAAGCAGUAAAAAUUAAUAUCAAUUCAGUAAUUUUCCUUGUGAGGUCUUAAAGAGCUUUUUUGUUGAAGACCUGAUUUUUUUGCUCCUUUUCUUUGAAAGAAAAAAUAUAUACUAUGUGAUUUAGCAGUUGUCAAAUGAUAAAAGUCUUCUAAAGCCCACUGAAAAACUGUUUCAAAACCAGAUCAUAUUUUACUACCGCCGAAGCACCAAAAUGGUGUUGCAAUGAAAGGUUAUGCCUUGAGAAGAAAAGUAUACAGAGUUGCAAAUUCAAAGGUUCACACAUAAUUUUCAUGGCAGCCAUUAGGUCUGUAUAUUUCUUGUGUUGAGAAUUCAGGUUUGUAGAAUUCUAUCACCUGUAACUAUGAAUGAAUCACUGUAUAAUUGCAGCUGGGAUAGCUAUACGCAUUCUUAUUUUUGAUUGUCUGUGUUUUUUUAAAUAGAUUUAUACGUAUAUAUUUUUUUCAUGAAGCUGCAUAUAUCAUUAGGGUUGACAUUCCCAUUUCUACUUUGGUUUCACAUUAAUGUGUAAUGUUUGCCACCAAGUGGCAUCCCAUUAAGUGAAAGGUACCAACAUCUUUUAUUAAACUUGAGCUUUGUUUCCUUAUUGAUUACUGUUAAAGUUAAAAUUUACAAUUGAGUGCCCCUUGAUUUUUUUUUGCGAUUCUGUUUUGACACCAAAAUCAGAAGAUGGCCGCUACAAAAAACCCAAAUAAGAAGUCAAAGAAUUGCUCAAACUCGGUGUCCAUGUACACAUUGAUCAAUUUUCACUUAAAAAAAAAAUCAAAGAAUUGCACAAACUAG